CGGAAAUGCCUUACCUCGGGUUUCCCAGAUUCACCUGCAGACGAGACAUGGCGGGACGAAAAUGCAGCGCAAAUCCAGCUGUGGAUCCUCUUCUGGACGUAUACAGACUCCUUGGCAUGCCUCUUCUUCAUAUACAUUCCUUUUUGGGUCAGAGCAGCAUGGAAAAACACUUCCAUACAUGUUUAACACUGAUGUUACUGACGGAGCAAAGCCCUCAGGCACAGAUUCACACCAGAAUGAGUCAGACGGAGUCUGGCUUUCCUCCAGUUGAGACAUUAUGACAUCUAAAGCACUGAUAAGGUGAGGGAGGAAGGGACGAGGGACAAACGCUCUCAUUCUCUUAAAGAAGAAGGGCUGGCAUAGGAGAAACUUUAUCAGCUGAAACAGGACAAUGACUUUCAAUCUCGACUUCCAGUCCAUUCACAGAUCAAACCAAGUCUUACAUACGCUGUGGAGGAUGAGCUCUUGGUGCUGGCCUGGAUCAGCCACAGAAGGAGGACACUCAGCUUCUAAAGGAUGGCUGCGUCGGUUCCUCCUUCUGAAGCUGGUGACAGUUCUUCUUUUCCAUGGCACUCGGGGUGCACACCUCCCCCUGCUGGUGGGCUGUACUUUCAGCCUGCAGGCCCUGUUGCUGCUCCACUCCCCUCACACCUCCACAAAGCCGUCCACUGUGCUCCUGGGACAACUGGCUCUUGCAGAUGGUCUUGUGCUGCUGAACUGGAUGCUUCGUCUGGGGGUGGCGCUAACCUGGUGGUGGAGGGAGGAGGAGAGCUUUGAGAUCAAGAUAGGCCUCAUGAAAGAGAGGGGACCAAUUUGGUGGAAGGAGGCAGUGAGUGUGCUCUGUCAGCAGCUGCUUGAUGCUCACCACCUGGCCUCUCUGCUCCUGCUGGGGCUGCUGGGAUUGGAGGCCAUGUUGGUGUCAAACUGGCCUCAGCAGACUCGCAGAUUCAGGACUUCUCACUGGGCUCAGCUCAGCUGCAGGCUGGUCUGGGGACUUGUAAUGCUGGAACUUAUCUUUGUGCUCCGCUCAGAAGUUUUGCAGGACUCUAGAACUCAGACUGACUCCUCAACACCAGAAAACACUCAGAAUUUCUUAUUCGGCCGUUUGUUUCUCACCUCCCUUCCAGGUUUGUCGUCUUGUUUGAGGAGGACAUUAUGGCUGCUAAAUUUAAGGCUGCAUUACAUCUUCCUCUAUGACAAACCGAAGAAGAGAAGUAGUUCCUUUCAUUAACAGCUUUUUUAAAAUAAC